UUCAGGACAUGGAUCCCAAAGGAGCAAGAGGUACCAGGAAGCACCGCUGAUCUGCACAGACCCCCUGUGCCUGCUGCUGCCCCACAGUGAACAGGGAGCUGCUGAGGAGCUGCAUGGUCCAUCCCUGGAUUCUCCAAGCACUGACUCCCAUCCACUCUGACCACAGCCAGGGAUCACAUCCCACUGCCUGCCCAGCGUGCAUCCAUGGAGGUGACCACCGUGUCCCCAUCUCCUGCCUCACCCACUGAAGGGGACGAUCUCUGUGAGACAGAUGUCCCCAGAGUGGCCAUACACAGUGUGACACUGCUCAUCUGCCUCUGUGGGCUGGCUGGGAACGCAGCUGUCAUCUGGGUCCUUGGGUUCCACCUGAAGAAGGACACCGUGAAACCCCUCACUGCCUAUGUCCUUGACCUGGCCGUCCUCAACUUCCUCUUCCUCAUCAUCAUGCUCCCCUCUACUCUGCUCUUCCUGCUGGAGGAUUUGACCUGCUCUUCCAUCAUCCUCCCAGCAUACAUAAGCUUCAUUUUCCUCCUCUUCCUGAUGUUCUACAGCGUAGGGCUGUACUGGCUGACAGCCAUCAGCAUUGAGAGGUGCAGGUCUGUCCUCUGUCCCCUGAACCUGACAUGGGUGGUGGUGAGUGCUGUGCUCUGGGCCCUUUCCAUCACUGUCAUUGCUGCCAUUUCUACAGUGACUUCCCUGUGCCAGUCACAGGAACACAAGCACUGCCAGGGGGCUCUCAUCUCCCUGUACACACUCAACUUCCUCAUCUUUGCUCCAUCCGUGGUCAUUUCCAGCACAAUCUUUUUAAUUCAUUUCAAGUGUAACUCCCAGCACCACCAAUUCAAGAGGCUCGACAUCAUUGUCUUCAUUCUUGUGCUCAUCACUCUCCCUGUCAGUGUCUGGAAUUUCCUGCAGCAGCUCGGCUACAUCACUCUGUCCCCCCCGGUGGUUCUCCUGUUUGCCUGCAUGCACAGCAGCAUCAACCCCUUCAUCUACUUCUCAGGAACAAAGUGUUGGAGGCUCCGCUCCAUGGAGUCCCUCAGGGACGGCCUACAGAGCAUCUUUGAGGAGUCAGAAGAAAACAUCACGCCCAACGAUGGUGUGGUCUGAGCCUGUUUAACCCUUCAACUGCACCAAUGUAGGACCAUGGGACAGUGGAUGGACGCUCCCUGAGCCACAGGGUUAAUAAAUAUCCACAGGAUCACCUUCCCUCAUUUAUUCCUGUAGGAGGAGGGAGCAAGGGCAGUGCCAAGGGACAUGUGGGAGGGAUGGUCUGCAGGGAGCACAUUGGAGAAUGGCUUUCCUCCUCCCUCACAAGUCCUAAAGCACUGUUCCCCUAAAUGGAUCCUUCGUAACAUGGCUGUGAUUCCUAAAUUCC